UCUGGGUUUUUAAACAUUUCACAUAUAGUUUGUGGUGGGUUCCUGCGGUUUUAUAACCUACCUUUUUUUUCAUUUAGAAGUUGACUGUGAUUCAGCUUAAUUUAUUCUGUGACGUGUUAAAAACUUUCAUUUAGGUAUGUGUACAGAAAAGUACACAGAUGCUAAAGCAUACAACAGUCUUUUAAAUAGCUAUGUAGCAUUUCACCCCUUGUAUCUCCUUAUUAAUCUUCUUAUUUUGAGUCAUACAGGAUUAACUUUGGCAUUCAUAAAGUCGACGCUGAGAUGAAGGUACUUACAGAGGAAUUGUGAUGCAUUAGAGUACAUUAUUUCAUUAAGGAAAAUGCCUAGAAAUACUAUUUCUGGGUCAGUACACAAGUGUAUACAGACAAAACCCUUUUGUGUUAGAUCCUCAUGUUUGGAAAAGAAUCAAGAAUACACAGGUGGUUGUUAAAAACCACACGGUUGCCCACACUUCCACAGAGUGGCCUCAUGCCCAGCUUAUGGGAGGGAAUUCUUGGGCCGAUAAUUCUAGGCAGAUAGUCCUGAUGGGUUCUCUCAUACUCUGUAUACUUCUCCGUUCUUCCAGCUCAGCCUUCGCACAUCUCUGCCUUUUCCCAAGAAGAACAGGAAAUGGCCAAACCCCAGAGUCUUCCUGUGGAUGGCGGAAUUGUCUUUAAGCACAGCCUGGUGAUAAAUGCAGUCCUUGGUUUCCUGCCGAUAUUUCUUACAGCAUUCCUCAGUGAGCUGGUGACAUAACGUCAAGGUGUAAUUUGGGAACGAAAUGUCUUAGGGAACUGGCUUUUCUUGAAAUCAUUUUCCUGAAGGACUCGUGACAUUCGAGGAUGUGGCUGUGGAUUUCACUCCGGAGGAGUGGCAGUACUUGAACCCUCCACAGAAGACUCUGUACCGAGAAGUGAUGCUGGAGACGUACAGCAACCUGGUCUCUGUGGCAGGACCGCAGGGGACCAAACCAGACCUCAUCCUCAAGUUGGAGGUCAAAGAGCCAUGCCUGGGAGAAACAAAAAUCUCCUUCUGGAGCUUUCCAGAAGCAGUCUGUCAAAUUGGUGAACAGAUUGAGAGACAGCACCAGGAUGACCAAGAUAGGUAUCUGUUGAUGCAAGUUGGAUUCCCUGACAAGAAAACAAUUAUCACCAAGACUGGCCAUGACUAUAAUGAAUUUGGAAACGCAUUUCAUCUGAAUACAAACCUUGUUGCUUCAAUCCAAAGGUCCCAUAAAUAUGAGCCAUUUGGAAAUAAUAUGGUAGAUAGUUUAGACUUAUUUACCAGAAGCUCUGUAGGAAAGAAAUAUGAUAGUGGAUGUGCAAAGUUAUUUUUCCAUACGGAGUAUGAGAAAACAACUCCUGGAGUAAAGCCCCAUGGAUAUAAAGAGUGUGGGAAGGCCCACAGGCGGAAGAAAGGGCUCAGUCUACAAGAGAGAAUUAAAAAUGGAGAGAAACCCUUCGAAUGCACCGCGUGUAGGAAAACCUUCAGCAAGAAGUCACACCUCAUUGUACACUGGAGAACUCAUACCGGAGAGAAACCCUUCGGAUGUACUGAAUGUGGAAAAGCCUUUAGCCAAAAAUCUCAGCUCAUUAUACACUUGAGAAGUCAUACAGGAGAGCGACCUUUUGAGUGCCCAGAAUGUGGAAAAGCCUUCAGAGAAAAGUCAACCGUCAUCAUACAUUACAGGACUCACACAGGAGAGAAACCUUAUGAGUGUAAUGAAUGUGGAAAAGCCUUCACUCAGAAGUCAAACCUCAUUGUCCAUCAGAAAACGCACACGGGCGAGAAAACUUAUGAAUGCACUAAAUGUGGGGAAUCUUUCAUACAGAAGCUUGAUCUAAUUAUACAUCACAGUACUCAUACAGGAAAGAAACCCCAUGAAUGUAACGAGUGUAAGAAAACUUUCAGUGAUAAGUCAACUCUUGUUAUACAUCAAAGAACUCAUACAGGGGAGAAACCUCAUAAAUGUGCCGAAUGUGGGAAGUCUUUCAAUGAGAAGUCAACCCUCAUCGUGCAUCAGCGAACUCAUACAGGAGAGAAACCCUAUGAAUGUGAUGUGUGCGGGAAAACCUUCACCCAAAAAUCCAACCUUGGUGUACAUCAGCGAACUCAUUCAGGAGAGAAGCCUUUUGAAUGUAAUGAAUGUGAGAAAGCAUUCUCUCAGAAAUCCUAUCUCAUGCUCCACCAGAGGGGUCACACAGGAGAGAAGCCCUAUGAAUGCAGUGAAUGUGAAAAGGCAUUUUCCCAGAAAUCAUACCUCAUUAUACAUCAAAGAACCCAUACAGAAGAAAAACCCUAUAAGUGUAAUGAAUGUGGCAAAGCCUUCAGAGAAAAGUCCAAGCUCAUUAUACAUCAGAGAAUUCACACAGGAGAGAAACCCUAUGAAUGUCCUGUAUGUUGGAAAGCUUUCAGCCAAAAGUCCCAGCUCAUAAUACAUCAGCGAACACACACAGGAGAGAAACCCUACGCGUGUUCUGAGUGUGGCAAAGCCUUCAGAGAAAAAUCCACGUUCACUGUACACCAGAGAACUCAUACGGGAGAGAAACCCUAUAAGUGUGCAGAAUGUGGGAAGGCUUUUACCCAAAAAUCGAACCUGAUUGUACAUCAGAGAACACACACGGGAAAGAAAGCCCACGCGAAGGGCCAUAGCCGGAAGUCAAAGCUCAUCACACAUUAACGAGUAGAUCCAAGGUGCCUCUUAAGGUUCACCGAGGGCAAGUUUUGUCUCAUUAACGUUUUAAAGGUACGUUCUGAUUUCUGGUUUAAAUAUGGGGAGUAAAAGGCUCUUUUCAUCUCAGUCUUCACCCAGACACUACAAGGAGCAAAAGAGGAAGUGUAAUCUCUGUAUCUGCCACAAGGAGGAGAUAGCGGAAACCCUGCCAAGAGCGCAGCCGGAGGCAGAGGGGACCACGCGCCAGUGCAGGAGAUCUCGAAGCAAACACUCAAGGCUGCACACGUGGGGCCGCACUGGUGAGGACUCACCAGUUGAGGUUCAGGAUAUCCCCCAAGUGCAAGGCCAACUACAUCCACUACGGUAACAGAGGGCAUUGACAGGUGGGAGUUAGGAUGUCUCCUAGACCCAUUUGGGGUCUGAGGAGAGGCUGGCAGAGGCCUUGACAAGAAAUCACUCAGACAAGCCAUAUUUGUAGAAAGUAGUCUGCAGUCAUGAGAGGAGCCCUUGACAGGGGCUGGGGCAGGAGAAGGGGGUGUUCCUUGUGAAGAACCCUACAGCCGCCCCGGUUUACGGACUCUGGAGAAGUCAAACCGAAAAGAAAUACCAAAUGGGAGGGGGGGGAACAAUUUUAAGAAAAACUCUUACCUGCCUAGAAUGUGGCCCCCCUUUCUUACCCCACAUGAACCUCUGGGGAACAGCAAGUCCAGGCAAAACUCUUACUCAAAUAAUGAUUCCAAAGUAAUGAAAACCACAAAGGCAAUGGCUUUUGGGCCUACAGUUCCACUUCUAGGAAUGUAUAUACUCAUGUACGUACGAAAUGAUGACCACGCAGAGAUCUUCACAGGUGCACUGUGAAAACAAAAGGUUGGAAGCUGUCUAGAUGACAGGGGUCUAGAUACCGAAAUCAUGGUAUGUUCAUACAGCAAACCUCCUAGGUAGACAAAAUGAAAAAAAAAAUUGUGUGUGUGCGUGUGUGUGUGUGUGUGUAUAUAUAUGUAGAAAUAUAUAAAAAUUUAUAUAUAUACAUAUAUAUAAAGAGAACUUGGACAUCAUCUGUGUAGUGAUGUGGGACGAUCUCCAACAUGAUUAGGAGCAAAAAGCAAGAUGCAGGAUCAUGAAUAUAAUAUGCUACCAUUCGCAUAUAAAAACAAAUUGUAAGUACGUAAUUGAGCAUAUAUGCAUCAACUCUCUCUGGGAAGAUACAUGAGAAGCUGCGAACCCUGAUUACCUCUGGGAAAGGGCAGGGGAAGUGGGUGGCUGGGGGAAUGGAAUUGGGAGGGAGACACCUCUAUGUCCUUUCAUAACUUUUGAAAAUUGUGCUCUGUGGCUGUACUACCUUUUCAAUAAAUAAAACUUUUUAAAAUGAA